UACAUAAAAUGCUUUUAGUGUUCUUGACGUUGUUCUUUUUAUCUCGCGAACGCGUAGGUGACAACUUCAACUAUCUUGAAAAUUUUACUACAAUAUAAUGAUAAAUAAAAAUAGUUUUUCUUAUAAUUUUAUGCUCUUAUAUUUCAAUCUUGUUACUUUUUCAUUGAAACUCCUAUUGCUGUUGUUCGUUUUUUUAAUUUUUUUUCAAAAUGUUGUCUAUUUUUUUGAAGAAUCAUUUAAAAAGAUUUGCUUACCGCAAUCUGAUAUCCAAUCUUUGGCGGGCAAUAUAGGCUUAGUGGUUGGUUGGAGAGAUAGCAACCGAAAUGCAAGUGGCUUAACAGGAACAAAUAUGCGUUACAUUAGCUUAUCCAUUAUGAAUAAUACGGAAUGUGCUAUCCGUUAUGCACAAUACAGUGAGAACUUUGAGGACAGUAUCGUGAUAACACCGACCGAGUUUUGUUCGCAAUCUCGGACAAUGAAUGAUGUUUGUGAAGGUGAUAGCGGCGGUCCUUUUAUAUCGAUCAAUAGUUUUAAUCGCUGCACGCUGGUGGCCAUUGUCGCUUUUGCUCCCAGCACUAAUUGCGGCCAAUCCAAUCUUCCAGGUGUUUAUAUGCGCAUUAGCUCUUACACCGAGUGGAUUACGAGUAAUAUUAAGAUAACAAGAAGUAAAUCGUAA